AUGCCCUACUCACAGUCCUUGAUCGUAGGGUCUCAAAAACAUGCAAAUGCUGCACCUCGGAGACCGUGUGUUUUGGAGGACAACACUCCCUCAAAAGGUAGCGAGGCGUUAUCUUUCGAGCCUGUUCGUUUCCCCACCAUAAAUUUUGAGGCUUCUUGCAGAGAAGAACCGGCUUCUCCUGUCUCUCCCUUGUCAGUGACCUCAGGGUCUCGACACAACCUUCCAGGCCCCGGUAGAGACCCACGGGCUGCGCUGCGUGCAGAAGAAUGUGCAACGCCGGACAACGCCCUUCAUUCUCCAAAUGACUCUGAAGAAGAGUUUCACUCGCCUCUACGUGACCUCCCUAGCCCUUCUGCCGUCCUCACGUCCUGUGGGGCGGUCGUGCUCACUUGGCUGCAGGAUCCCCUGCUUACUCUCGUCGCGUCCGCUACCACCGCUGCUGCUCCUGCUCACCUUUCAGGAUCAACGCUAAACGCCGACUCCCAGGGUGGAGAAAUUGACGAGACUUCCGGCCGUAAUGUGGCGGUGGCGGCAAUUGGUGCAAGUGGUCAGCUGUGUGAUGGCAUCGCGGCCUUAACAAUCGGCAUUGGCAUUUCCACAGCUGUUUUGUGUUCGUCAGUGUUGAAGGCAAAUAUAUCUUCAUCGGAAGCUGCCACAGAAACUGGUGCCUGCGGGAAACUAAGCGAUUCAUGUCCAGCUGCCGCAGACACUCGCUCAGUGUCUGCUGCGUACCAGUCAGAGUGGAGAGAAGGCACCCUUAUAGCGACGCGUGACACGAAGACACGCCACGGAUGCUGUGAACCUGACAGCGCGACUCCAGCAAGUUCUCCGGAUUCCUUUGACGGAGUGACAGGGCUUCGCUGCUUAAGAACCUGCAUCGUCGGUGUAUGGAUAAGUGCGUAUAUGGGAGCACUCCUGGCCGUGGCGCUGUGGUGGAUCGUGGAUUCCCUACUCUCGUUUUUCUUUGCGGCGUCUUCCUCUCGUCUGCUCCUGGUGCUGACCCGCACAUGCGUGUCUAUCCGACUACACUCUCUCCCCUUCGCUGUCGUCUCGCUUACGGCGAAGGCCGCCUUGCUGGCUCUACGCGACCCCCUUCCGGUCCGUCUCUCUGCCGCGGCUACGGCUGCUUCCAUUCCGCUUCUGCUGAUGACCAGCGUCUUCGCUGGGUCCGCCUCUUCGUCGGAAAAUCGGCUGUCGCCCAUGCCUCUGUCUUUAACAUCGGACAGACGAUCCGCUCUCCUCGCAUCAGAAGCGCCCCUUUCUCUAAACAGCGUGGCGGAUGACAGCCGGAUUCGUGCCAGUGCCUUUGCCAUUGUCUUUAUCCAAAUCGCUGUAGCCAUUCUUCUUCUCCUCCGCUUGCUGCACCGGACGAUGGCAGCGACCAGCAGCCGGAAACACAAGCCAGCCGAGAGCGCAGCGGAGGAAGGCCCGUCUACGAAGGCGGUAUACUGUUGCGACACGUGGACGGCACCAAACCCAUGUCUCUGGAUGCCUGAGGAAACAAGGGACGACAGGAAUGGCGCAUGGGAGCUUCGUGCAGCACUGUUGCGACCGCCGUCAAUCAGCGAGCUGCAGGAAUUCUCUCCGUUUCUGGCCGGUUUUCUUAUCCAGAGUACUGUGAGGGUCGUCCUUUAUUCUGCUAUGAUGAAAGUCGCAGCUUCUUGGGGAGUAAAAGCUCUUGCAGCUCACCAGGUUGCCUCGAGCGUGUACACCGUCCACGGCUUGCCCUGUGAGGCUCUCACACAAGUCGCCCAGUCUGUCAUCCACAAGGCAGAAACACUGGCGUCGGCCGGUUCUUCUUAUGAGGCAUUGCCAGACAUGCCAUCAGAAGCUGUUCUUGCUGAGAAGAGCGCUGGUACAGCUUCGCGAAAUGAGCCUUCCCGUACGACACCAGAGGCAAUCUUGCCUGUCACUGCCGCUCUUGAAGGACUCCUCCUCCACGCUAAACGCGUGCAAACCAUUGCAUGCGCGUACCUGGUUUCGUUGCCUCUGCCGCUAGCGCUGCUGCUGCAUUCCCAUAUCGCCGCCCGUGGAGUUACGGAACCUGCUGUUCUCUCUUCACUGAGUGAGGAGAAUCAUGCUGACGAUAUUGAGCCUGCAAGCUUAGCUAAAGGGGGGGUAGACCUUAGCGAUCUACCCGUCUACGGCGCGGCGCUGGUAUGGAUUUUGCCCCUCGCGUACAACUUAGGGCGAGCUGGUGUGUAUGGAGUGGCUUGGUGUCGCGCCCGGUACGAGGCGGAGGCAGCGGAACAGAAAGGAAGCGUGGCUGCUCAGGGAGGCGCUGGCGAUGACGCCUUCCGCCGAGAAGUCUGA